ACAUCAGCCAUCUUGAUGUUUGCUACGAUGGCAAUCGAUCAUCUGUUUGCAUCGUUCAUCCUUCUCCUUAUCUCUAACACGGGGUUCAGUGCUGAGAUCUCUGUGUUAGUGCAGACAGGAGCUUCUGUUCAACUGGAUAUACAGACACAACAACUACCAGAGUUUGAUCUUUUAGUCUGGCUGAAUGAUAAAUCAGAGAGUAUAGUUAAAUACAACAGUGAUUCCAAAAGAGUAAAACUUUAUGACUCCUACAAGGACAGAGUGGUUUUCAAUGAUGUAACCUUCUCUCUGACUCUGAAGAACAUGCAGAAGACAGACAGUGGACUCUACAGAGCAAGAACAAUUGGAUCAAAAACCACAGAUUUGGUCUCAUACAGAGUAUCUGUUAUAGACUCUGUUGAGGCUCCUGUCCUGACUGUGAACUCAAUCUGGUUCAGCAGUGACUCCUGUACUGUGAACUUCACAUGCAGAGCUCAUGAGCUCAUGAUUAACUCCAGCUAUCAGAACAACAGAUGCUCUACACAGGAAGUGACAUCACAGAUCCACACUCUCACCCUGGACUGUAGUGAGGAAUACAUCAUCUGUAACCAUAGCAACACUGUCAGCUGGAAACAAGACAGAAUAAACAUCACACGGCUCGGUGAAAAGAAUGAAAGGCUAAUCCCACACUCCUAUACAGAACACAUGAUUGUGCACCUUGUUGAGUUUGUUGUUGUGGGAGUGAUGGGGAUUGCUGGUUUGAUUAUUUACUGUUACUGGAAGAAUAAAACAGAUGUCAAACAGGCUGAUGAUACAGACUACGAUGAUGCUGAGACUCAGGAGAGACACUGACCACCGUCACCUACAGCAGGACACCAAACACCUUCAUGAAUGCUGAAGACUAACAGACAGCUUCCUGACUUCAUGACUCCUGUGGAAGUGUACAGACACAUUUUAUUGUGAGGCUAAUAUUCAGUCAGUCACUGCAGAUGUUAAAAAUGAGCUCUUCUCUGCUUGUUUGUGCUGUUUGGAUUUGCUUUUCUUGUCCAGGUUUCUAUUGAGCAAGAGAUUUUACAAUCACAGUUCUCUUAAAAGUGAAGGUUCUGUCAUAAGUCACUCACCUCAUGUUCUUCUUAACCUUUAUGUAUUUCUUUCUUCUGUGGUAGAAACUGUAGAAUGUUUCAGCUGUUUUUGUCUCUAAAGUCAGUCGGCUCAAAUCCCAAAAAGAGCAUGUGAGAAGCAGAGAAGUAAUUCAUAAACAGUUAGUUUAACUCAGUACAUGUCUUUUAAAGUGAUCAAAUCAAUUUGUAUACAUUUAGCUGACACUUUUAUCCAAAGCGAUUUUCAAUUUCUGUAUAUGUCUGUAUAUGGGAAUGCUAAUUUUCACUCAAUCUCCUGUUAAUCUUGA